GUAUUGUUCAAUUUCUUAGUCUAUAUUUCAGUCUCAUAGCCGCGUGCCGUUCCAUGGAAAUUGCCUCGCUUGCUGUGAACUUGUAUAGUCUUCAUUAUACUAUUGCCAAUAACCACAAUCAAUCAAAGGUCCGUAAGUCUGAUUGGUGGAACAACAUGCGCUAGCUUCGCUACUACCAUAACGGCAGCGACAUGGAGCCUGCAUCUCAGUGGGUUUCGUCGCGACAUGAUACCCCGCAGGCCAUUGUAUACUUGACAGUAAGGAUCGUCUAGCUAGUACAACCUUUUCCCAGCGCAUUGCUUUUGUGGUUGAGCCAGCAAACACCAUAGACUUCCUCAUUCUGCAAUCGCUAUUGGCCAUCAAUUUCUGCCCGAAAUAUAUCAGUUAGCCAAACUCAAAUUUGCAACUAUGCCAUCAUCUCUCGACAUGGGUGCCGACACAGCAUGGUCUCUCUAUGACGGCAAACCGCUAGAUGGCGCAUUCGAACUUGAGAACCCAAAUAGUCCACACGACCAAGCCGUGGUGAGCAAAGUCCAUCGUCCAUAUCUCUUCGGGUUUCAAGCCAAGAAGGACAAAUCAAAUGGCCGCUCAAUCCUCAUCCUCGGCGGCGGCGGCUACAUCCAGCUCAUGGCCGGCCGCGAGGGCGUGCAGGUCGCGCAGUGGUUGACGGGUCUCGGCUUCGAUGCAUACGUGCUCGUGCACCGGUUCCCGAACGUGGAGACCGGACCCCAGGCGCCGCUCGAAGAUGCGCGGAGGGCGCUGAGUCUGAUCGUUGAGAAACGUGGCGAGUUGGCAGCCGCAAACAAUGGUGGAAUUAGUAUCUGUGGCCUCUCGUCGGGUGGUCAUCUGGGCGCUGCGUUGUUGGCUGAGUAUCCGUCUGCUUGGACGUCGCCGGUGUUAGAAAUACCGAAGCCGGAGUUCGCCAUUAUAGGUUAUGGACCCAUCUCGACCAAUGCGAAAGGUCGCACAGUCGUGCUUAACAAGGCACCGUUGGACCCGCCCGCGAAGCAGGAGCUGUACAAUGUCGUGCAGCCGGAUGUGCAGAUCGCGACGGGUCCGCCGCCAACGUUCAUCGUGUAUUCUGGCAACGAUCCGGUGGUGCCGGUGGCAAAUGCGUACAGGCUUGCGGAAGGCAUCACAAAUGCGGGUGGACAGGUCGAACUGCAUGUCUUUGCGGAUGCGCCGCAUGGGUUCGCAUUGGACACCAAGGACUUGCCGGUAAGCAGGUGGCCGGAAUUGUGUGAGGCUUGGUUGAGACAGGGUGGGUUCUUGAGCUAGCUUGCUGGCAUUGCCGAGAGAUACUAUCUCCGACAUACUUCUUAAGUAGGAUUGUUGCAGCGCUAAGCUGCAUAUGUUUCGUAGCAUGGAUGAAGCAUGCAUGGCUGCAUGCCAAAAUCCGCGGGUCAAUCUUCGCCUAUCGUACGCAGGAAUAUAUUGCGAAUAGCGAUGGACUUUGUCACGGCAGGGGUAUAGCUUACUAGCUGGCCAGCACUAGCCGAAUACCAAUAUGUUGAUUAGGUUAAA